AAAAAAGCAUCAAGCUACCUGAGCUCAGAAAACAGAGUGUUGACAAAAGACGAAAGAGAUAAAAGCAGAAAAUGUUGUGACAGACUCCUGACCUGCGGACCUCACUGGUCAGACAGAGGGGAGUGCUCAGCUGAGUUCAUACUUCACCCGAUUCCACGGCUCUUUGUGGUUUUACUGCGCGUGUCGCACUGUUUGAAACAUGUCGUCCAUCUCUGUGCCUCCACCAAAAUGCCUGCAGAAACCGCUGGCGGUUCCUCACCGUCACAUGUUUGGACCGGGACCCUCCAACGUCCCUCCUCGCAUCUUGGACGCCGGGGCCAGUCCUGUCAUCGGACACAUGCACCCAGAGAUAUUUGAGAUCAUGAAUGACAUCAAAAGUGGAAUCCAGUACAUGUUUCAGACUCGCAACAGUAUGACUUUAGCUGUGAGCGGCACCGGCCACACUGCCAUGGAGUGCGCCAUCUUCAACGCAGUGGAGCCCGGGGACAGCGUGCUGGCUGCCGUGAACGGCAUAUGGGGAGAGCGAGCGGCGGAAAUGGCAGAGAGGAUAGGGGCCAGAGUGAACACCAUCGUGGCGCCUCCUGGAGGCUUCUUCACCAAUGCAGAGCUCGAGCAGGCCUUAUCAAAGCACAGGCCCGUCCUGUUCUUCCUCGCUCACGGAGAAUCCUCCACAGGAGUCUUGCAUCCUUUAGAUGGCAUCGGACAGCUGUGUCACAAGUACAACUGCCUGUUUCUCGUAGACUCUGUGGCUUCAAUGGGAGGAACCCCUCUAUACAUGGACCAGCAAGGAAUAGACAUCCUAUACACAGGCUCUCAAAAGGUUCUGAAUGCCCCGCCGGGUACAGCACCCAUCUCCUUCAGUGAGAGAGCGUGCCAGAAAAUAUUCAACCGGAGGACAAAGCCCGUGUCAUUCUUCUUGGAUUUGAGUUGGCUCGCAAACUACUGGGGAUGUGAUGGCAAGCCGUCCAGAGUAUAUCACCACACAGGUCCGGUCACUGCUUUUUACUCCCUGAGGGAGAGCCUGGCUGUCCUUGUUGAAGAGGGUCUGGAGAAGUCGUGGGAAAGACAUGAAAAAGUGGCGGAAUAUUUCCACGCUGGUCUAGAAAGCAUGGGUCUCAAACUUUUUGUCAAGGAAAAAAAAGCGAGACUGCCCACAGUGACCACUAUCGUCGCUCCUCAUGGAUAUGACUGGAAAGAGAUCACAACCUACAUCAUGAAAACACACAACUUAGAAAUUUCUGGAGGGCUUGGACCAUCAGUUGGCUUGGUGUUGCGUGUUGGAUUGAUGGGAUGUAACAGCAGCAAGGCCAAUGUUGACAUGGUGCUGGCGGCACUGAAAGAUGCUCUGAAACACUGCCACAAGAGCAAAGUGUGACAUGUUGCUGUUGGAUGGUUCAGCGAUAAUCCUGAACCAGCGCUAUUAUCAUAAACAAGAGACUAUGUGUAAUAAAUAAAUGAUUAUUCUCUC